UCACCGUGCAAUGCAUCGUGUUGAUUACUAAUCGAUAAUCAACUACCGCCUCAAGGUUGCCUAGAACUCGCCCGGCGUUAGUGGGUCCGGUUCUGGUGGCUUGUCGCGGUCUUUGAGGGAUGGAUCCAUGAACACGAUACCGAACAACCUCCGCUAUCCGUUUCAGCUGUAGCUGUAUUUAUUACCGCUUCAUCCUUGUGUUGGCUUGUCCCCGUAUCACUGUCACUAUCAUCAUUCUCACUGUAGCCAUGCUUCGCGCCGACGUUAAGCCAAGCGAUCCCAUCGAUGAGCAGCCGUCGAUAGGCCUGAUCGGCAUGGGUGCCAUGGGUACCAUGUACGCCAAACACCUCGCAGAAGCUGGUUGGAAAAAAAUAAAUGUCUGCGAUAUUCCAGAGAAAUAUGAGUCACUCAAGCUUACUUACAAAGAUGAACCAAGCAUCGCUGUCCAUCGUGAUGGUCACGGCGUGUCCAGAAUUUCAGAUUUUAUCAUGUAUCUUGUGGAAGCCGACAUCAUCCAUAAAGUCGUCGCCCAGUAUGGACCUUCAACCAAAGUGGGCGCUACCGUGUCCGGCCAGACAUCCGUAAAGACCCCUGAAAAAGAUGCCUUCGAAAAGUAUCUCCCACCUGACAUCAAUAUCGUCUCGAUGCACUCGUUGCAUGGGCCCACAGUCUCGCCCGUUGGCCAGCCCCUCGUUCUCAUCAAAGUUCGUGCGUCCGACGACUGCAUGAAAUUUGUGGAAAACCUAUUCCGUGGUUUCCGCUCCAGAUAUGUUUAUCUUACAUACGAAGAGCACGACCUCAUCACGGCCAAUGUUCAAGCUGUAACACAUGCUGCUUUCCUCACGAUGGGCAGUGCAUGGGCAUCCCAACGUUACUACCCUUGGGAACACGGCCAAUACGUUGGCGGUAUCGAAACAGUCAAAGUCAAUAUCGUGCUCCGCAUCUAUGCUAACAAGUGGCAUGUCUAUGCUGGCCUUGCAAUCCUGAAUCCAUCGGCCAAGAUCCAGAUUGACACGUAUGCUUCUAGUGCAACCGAUCUUUACAAACUCAUGAUUGCGGGAGAUGCCGAGGGAUUGCGCAAGCGCAUCUACGCCGCACGCCAAAAAGUCUUUGGCGUACGGCCUGAUGAAGAUGGCUGUUCAACCCCUAUCUUUCUGACGGAGGAUAUACUGGACCAAUUCUCUAUCCAAAAGCCAUCGUCGCCCUCUCCAACAGGGAAAAACACAUUGAACUCCCAUCUGUCGCUACUUGCCAUGGUGGACUGCUGGGCGCGUCUGUCCAUCCAGCCUUUUGACCACUUGCAACUCGCAGCGACGCCAGUGUUCCGUAUGUGGAUUGGCGUCGCCGAAUAUCUCUUCCGCUCUACUGCACGCUUAGACGCGGCACUUGACGUCGCUGUACACGACGUGACAUAUCGGUCCGACGAUUUGGAGUUUGUUGUCGCAGCUCGUGGUUGGAGUCAGUGUGUCGCUUUCGGCAACUUCGAUUUGUACCGUGAACGCUUCGAAUCGACAGCCGCAUUCUUCGAGUCUAGAUUUGAGGAGGCGAACAAGCUUGGGACGGCGAUGAUCAAAGCGAUCCAGGAGAGCAAUGGAAUCGGGAAGUGAAGCUUGAAUGGUUAACAUUAACGCGCUGCUAUAGGACGAGGUGUUGUACGAUCAGCCAUAUCAUAUCAUUCUUCCGAUCUACGGGAGCGUUGUUUCAGUUGUACAUAGCGUACUCUUCUUCCGACUAUGUAGUAAAUACACGAAUUCGCAUUACUGUUUCCACCUCAGGGUUCGGCGGAAAUGUCAGGGUCUGCGACACCAGCCUUACUAACGACUGAUGUAAGAUAAAACGUUACCUAGUACUCAGUAUAUACAUAGUUCC